UCAAUCAAGAUGGCGGCAUCAGAGAAAUGUGUAUUCCGUUGAAAUGAAAACAAAUCGAUCAUAGCUAUUGAUAUAAGACUGAAUCAAUUAUCAGAUCAAACAAACCUUUUGUUUGUAAUGUUGUGUAAAUUUUUGAAGCUGAGGGACAGAUAAUCUUGCCAUUUGAAGCUGAGGGACAGAUUAUCUUGCCAGUUGAAGUUGAGGAAUUGAUAAUCUUGCCAAAAUGUCAAUGAAUUACGUUGGUAGUAUUUCCCUGAUGGAUAGGGGAGAUUAUGACCGAGGAGACUCUCCUGCUCAGGCCAUCUUGGAUAAAAAUGCUCGGUCUGUAGCCCAACGAAUCGCAGAUGAAACCAGGGAAGAGUUGGAGAAGGUUUUAGAACGGGUAGAACAUAUCUAUGAUUCUUAUGAGAACAGUAUGGAGUUGAUCUUCCAGACCCAAAACAGUGCUAAUAUGGAAUAUGUAAAUGAUAUUAAUGAGCUUGAAGAGAUAAUGAAAGAUCAAAUCAAAAAGAGAAAGUAUCAACAAGGACUGACGAUAUUUAUAGUUGGUUACGAGAAUGUUUGUGGCCAGAGGUUAAAACUUCUACAACAUGUUAAUGAGUUCUUCAUGGAGAAUUCCAAAAGUUAUGAAGAGGAAGACUGGUUUCCUAAGACACCAGAUCUAGAUCUUGACGAUGCUGCUGUGAAGGUAGAUGAGUCGUUGAAUAAAGCUGAAGAUCUUGCGAAUCGUCUGGGAGAAAUUAAUCAGGAAAUGGUUAAUUGGCUGUCAAAUUAUGCAAUAAACAAAGCAUCAAGCAAAGCAUUAGCAUUUGUAGAUGCAAAUGUACAUAUACCAAUGGUAUCCUUUAGAGUGGGAAAGAAGAAGUUAGAGAAAGCGUUAGAGAAGGCAAAAGAAGAUCUAGCUUCUCUGUCUGAAAAACUUCAUAACUUACAAUUAGAUUUGGAAGACAAAGAGUCCAAAUACCAGGAUUUAUUGAAAAUGUUAGAGAAUAAAAAUCUGGAGACACAAAAGUAUAAAACUGCAGCAGAGAUUGCUAAGAAAAAUGUGACAGAAUUAGAGAUUGAAAAUGCUGUAAUGAAAGAGGACCUAGACAAACGAAAAGAUUUCAUGAAAGAUUUACAAAGAAAACUGAAUAGAGCAGAAAACGAACUCUCCCAAAAUGAUAUGUUGAAAGACAUUCAGGCUAAUCAAAUAUCCGAUCAAUAUCAAGAGUCACAGUCAAUGGAGGCUCUUACUGCAAAGAAAAAGAUACAAGAACUUCAGGAGGUUGUUGACAAGAAUAAAUCCAAAACAGAAGAAGUUAAGAGGGAAAUAGAGAAAUUCCAUGAGACCCAGAUUGUAGCCAUAACUCAAGCUCAUGCUGCUGAAGUAGACUCAAUGAAGAAUGAAUUUGAGGAAGAAUUGAAGAAAGCUAAGGCAGAAAGUGGGGAAAAACAGAAAAAAAUAGACGAAGCUGAACAGGCUGCAAAAACAGCUGAAGAAGAGGCAGAUAGCCUCCGUCAUAAUCUAAUAGAAUUACAGCUCCGAGCAGCCUCUGCUGAGACGAGAAAUAGCGAGCUAGCAGACUUAGAUGAGGAUCCUUCUCGGCUCAAUUCACAGCAGUGGAGAGGGAGGAAGUCCAAUAGAGACAGUAGACCUAGCACAAAGAACAGUAGGCAGUCUAGCAAAGGGAAGCAACUCCCUACAAAGUCUCCUAAGCGGGAUGGAAAAUCCGGGAAAGAUUUGGCCGAUACUUCUAUACAGGAUGAAGGUGGUGAUCCUAACACAGCCCACGUAGAGACGAGACAGAGUAAGAAAAAUAAAUCAUCCCUGGAGCCGUUACGGGAGGGAGAAGUUAUAGAAUUUACAGAUCAGUAUGAUCUUAAGGAUAAUGAUGCAUGGUCUACGUUACCAGUGGAACAGAUGCAAAGUAGAUAUAUACAGUACAGAAAACUGACCAAAGAAAGAUUGGAAGAGCUUGAAGAUCAACUAGAAGUGACCGUGGCCAAAACACAAAGGAAAGUCAACAACCUUAAACAUCAGUUCCAGGAACAUAAAAAUAAAUGGGAAUCGGAAAGAAAACUUCUCAUAGACCAAGUAGAACAGGCCCAGAAAUUACAGACAGAGGCUGAGAAAGAGGCCGAUAAUGCUAUGUCACAGCUUGAGGAAUUCAUCAAUGAACAGGAAAGAUUGGAAGAUGAGGAGGAGGGUAAGCGUACUGACAUUGUCAAAGCUGUUACACGUCCUUCAAGACAAAAACCACCAGAUGAAGCAGGAGACAGGAAGUCUGUUUCAUCAGACACACAGACACAGAAAGAACCUGAAGCAGCCGAACCACAGUCUUCUGCAGAACGUCCCUCAGAGGAACAUACAGAACCAGAAUUAUCUAGACUUAUGCAGCAGACAGAUGAUGCCAAGGUCCAAGAAAUGAACUCCCGCAUCACUGGAGCAAUGUCAGCGCCACCUGCAGUGGAGGAUGGCGUGGAAGUUGCAGACAAGAAUGAUGCUCUUCACAGACAGAUCCAGAUCAAUUUUAGUAGACAGACCCAGACCUCUCCGCCACCACAACAACAACCACAGUCCGUACAAACAAAACCAGAAUCCCCAGAGUCUGUCAGAGAAUCGUCAGCCAUUAGUAGAGCCUCUUUAAGGAGCCAGUAUAAGGCUAAAUUAGAGGAAACUCGUCAUGCUGUUGAGGAAAGGAGGUCCAAAUCUCCUGCCAUCUCUAUACCUUCCCAGAGGUCCCUGGAGGAAGAUCAACUGAUAGAGGAUGAAGAUGAUGACGUGGCACUUCCUGAUGAUUUUAAAGAAGCAAGAAGUCGAGAGCCGACAAUGGAUGUGGCUACAUCUCCUCCUCUAGAUAGACAGCAUUCCAUUGCAAGGUACUCAACCAAACCUGAUGACCCAGUCAUACAAGAAUAUUUAAAGACUUACGAUAGUAUUAUAAGCUUCAGGGAUGCUCUUAGUAAAAUAUUACUAGAUAAAGAAAUGUUACAAGCUAGUCAAGUUCUAACUGAAUUAGAGACGGCUAGAUUUGAUAGAGACGACAAACUUGAACCCCAAGUGGAGAUGAUGACCUCAAAUGCUUAUUACUUAUUUGAAGAGAUAAUAGCUGUUUUGGGAAGUAUUUUGUAUACAGAAGAGAGGGAACCAGUAGUGUCUUCCAUGAUGAUAUCAAGGGAGGGAACAAAACCAAUGACGAGAGAGAAAUCAGGAGAUUCCAUCAGAGGAGGUCUGCGUCAGAGCCGUGUAUCUUCUGUGGCUAGUCCUGGGCUUGAUAAAAGUCUUUUGAUUGAAUUGCAAGAUAAUUAUGCCAAACUACAAAAACAGUUUGAGGGUGAAUCAAAGAAACAUGAAGAACAGAUCAGACAUAAUACAGUUGUCAUGAUGGAAAUGCAGGAUACGAUUAAUGAACUACAACGAGAACUUGGUAACCUGGGAAGGUCUGCUAGUCGUAUACGACAAAGUUCUGACUUGGCCACACCACAGGGACAAGCAGAGUCUGCUAUCAUGUUUACUAGACUGGAUUCUGAAAGAAAUGCCAAAAUAAUGAAGAGAGCUGUCAAUGACCAGAAACUGGAUCCAGACCAGUAUAAAGAUGCUGUGUCCAAAAUGGAGGACUAUGUCAGUAUACCAGCCAAAAGAUUAGCUCAUCUUGUCAGAAAAUAUGUACAUCACUGUAGAAUGAAGGAAAUAGAAGAAAAUGUGAAGAAAAGUAAGAGUUUAGAUGAGAAUGUGUUUGAAGUUUUGGACAAAAUGGAAAAUUUUCAAAAUAAGAGAGCCAAACAAUGGGCUGAUGGUAUGGACCACAUGGGCAAUGACAGACUAAGAUUUGCUAAUAUUUUAAUGGAGACAUUAGAGAAUAUAGAACAACAGUCGGGAAUCUUCCUUAUUAAACCCAUGUACUCAUUCAGGGGGAGAGACAUCAAAGAGAGAUAUGCAGGAAAACUUGCCCGUCCAAUGAGACCACAGAGAAACAUAUCGCCCGCACGGGAGAUUAGCUCGUUUGCACCAGCACCAACUCCUGCAUCUAAUAUCAGGGGCCUCACAAGGGGACAUGUUAGUUCUAGCUUAAUGCAGGCACCAGAAGAAGAAGUCCGCCAGGAACCACUGCGCCCUCUAGUGGGAGACGAUAGUGGUAUAACAGGGGCAGGAAUGGUCUGGGUAGGCUCUGUGCCGAGAUCUACAUGGAAUAUUGGUUCUUCCCAGGUACGGGCCAUUGACGAGCUUCAGAAUCCAAAUAUGAUGAACACACCUAGAAUAUUAGAAUUAGAUAUAAAUAGAAUGAUGAUUGGUCAGAAUAAUAUAAGUACCAGAAUUACCUCCCCUGGUGUGUCGGACGACAGACUUGUCAAUGCAUCACAGAAUAAUUUACGAUCUUAUGUGACGGUCAAUCGUCCAGCACCAGCGCCAGGACAAGUUAGACCUUCAACUUUCUCUAGUGUUAAAGACAAUGUACCGCCAUCAUCACCGACAGCCCAUCAGUACACACCGUCUCCGUCAGUACAGAAACGUGUACGUAUGUCAGACGGAGAUGUUGGUAGAGCAAUAAACAGUACACCACCCCUGCCACCAAUAUCUGGUGGAUCAAGAGGCAGACAUUCACCAGAAGAGACGAGUAUAUCUACAGCCUCACUUCAACCACAAGUGCUAGAAGUUGUCUCCCCUUUAAAAUGAAUUACUUCCCUUUGAACUGACUUGUAUUAAAAAGUUGUAAAAUGCAUUUACAAGAGUGAGAUAUUUUGAAGUAUAGUCCACUAAAUGAUUAGAGAAGUAAAUUUGCUUUUUAUAAAAGUCUUAAUUUAAAAUCAUUAAACAUUCAGUGCAUUAUGACAUUUUUUCUUAAAUUUCGAUAAGUUUUGUUUCUCAUAUGCAGAAUAUUUUAAAAUUGUAAGGCCUCUUUUGAGAGGUGUUUGAAAUGGAUUUGUUUCUGCAAGAAGUGAAAGUAAGAAACUGAUGAUUAUUAUAUGCUUUAGAUAAAAAAGAAGUGAAAGUGAAAGUAAGAACCAGAGAAUUGUUUGAAGCUUAAGCAGUAUCUAUGUAAUGGUGAAUACCUUUGAACUUCUUUACUUAAUGGUAAUUUUGGCUGAAAGCUAAAAAUACAUUUAUAUUCUUAUUUAUUAUAAUGCAUUCCCAAAAGACCAGAAAAAAAACAAUAUAUAUUUUUUUUCUCAGUAUUUUAUGAACAAUCUCCCGUAUUUGUUGUUUAUGUUGUCGGUCAGAAUAGUUAUAUUUUAUAUUUAAAAAAGAAUUAGAUUAUAAAAGAUCCGUCCAGAAUUGAGAUAUGUUUUAUGACCAAAUGUUUUUGCUAGAAUUUUAUUUUAGAGAGUUAUAUUUUAAGAAUUUUUCAUAUAUUUUAAGUGCUUUUGUGAAGGUUCAUUGGUACUUUUAAAGUUACAAAGUUUGUCAUAUCAGAUAAUUUGCAAUCUAAUUAAAAAUCCAUUUAUCAUUGCUUUCUUUCUGAUAUGUUACAACAUGCUGGAUUGGUAUUGUUUUAGAUUGGAUAUUUUACAAGUUUACAAUAAUUUCAAAGAUUGAGUAAAUAAAAAAGGAUGAUAUUAAAAGAUUUCUUGACCCAAAUCAAAUGACCUCACAUUAAAGAUAUAAAGGACUAAAUUCAGAUCAUGUGGAGUUUAGCACUUUUAUACUGAAGUGUAAUUCAUCUUCCACUUCAGAUUUACAGUCAUAGAGGGUUUAAUCAGUUAUAUGAUAAAAGGGGACAAUUCUUAUAUUUGUCAUUGAAUUUAUAAAUCAUAAAGGCUUUGAUAGAAUGUAAAAUCUAGACUCUAAAAAUCAUAACCUUAACAUUUUAUAUUUUCUUCUUAUAACAUGACAUUUCAUACUCAUGAUUAGGACUGUUCUAAUUGUCAAAAAGACAGAAAAAAUGGGUUGCUAAAAGAUAAAGAAAAUGGACCAAAAAAAAUUAAAGACCUCAGAAAAAGCAUAUAUAUAGAUUGAAGAAUACAGAAGUAAAGACCCCACUUAAGAUUCCUAAAUCAUUUAUGCACAAAACAAGAUUCUUGGAACAAUGACAAACUUGUGUAUCUAGUGCAGUAAAAUUGUGACUUAUGAUCAUGAAGUACCAGUGAACCUCUUGUUUUGUUUUGAGCUAAAACCUGUGAUAUUAAUUGAAUAUUUACCAAUUUAUUGUAAAUAAAACCAGUAACAUUU